AUGAAGUGGUGGCAGGUGAUCGUCGGGCUGGCGGCUGGACUUCUGUUCAGUGGGGGAAGUGAAGCGCAAGACUUCAAGGGGGCCAUCGAUCACUGUACGAAAGACUUCGAGAUGGACAUGGACAUAGUGAUAUCGCUCAAGUACGGAGACUUCACCGAGCGGGAUCCCCUGAUCGAGUGCUUCACCGAGUGUCUCAUGAAGAAGUCGGGCUUCAUGUACGACGACUAUACCUACAACCGGACGCUGAUCAUCGGUUUCGCCGGUCGCUAUCUGGAACCGGAAGGGGCUCAGGCCGUGUACGAUAACUGUAUCGAUCGCUUCGGGCAGACGGUGUGCGUUACCGGGUUCGAGAUGUAUCAGUGUAUCCACGAAACGGCCGUCUCGGAGUGGGUUGCCACCAACUUCAAGUAG